ACUAUGUCAAUUGGUGAUCUGCGAUCAAGAUCACGGGAUCAUCUCGUGAUCAUGAAAAGUUGGGGAUUCCCCCGUGAGUCACCCUUUGUGUUAGCCACGCCUCUUGUAAACGUCAUAACGACGUAACCACACAGCCAGAUGUUUUCAAAGUUCCUGAAAAAUGGCAGCUUUACUCCGAAGUGCUGUUGUCGUCAUCCUCACGACGGUCCUGUUCGUGGCUGGUGAGCCAGUACAGAACGUUACCUCAUCCCCCAAGUUCAAAUACAAAGAUCCAGCGAGCGGACGGCGGCUACUGUGCGACCAGUGUCCGCCUGGAACACGUUUGAAGGACUACUGUACAGCCAACAGUCCCACCGUAUGCCAGGUGUGUCCUGACAAUCACUUCACCGAGUACUAUAACUGGGAACCCGAAUGUCGUUACUGCAACGAGUUUUGUGGCAAACCCAACCAGAAAGUGUCGGAAGAAUGCACCACGACACACAACAGAAGGUGUGAGUGCAUACUUGGCUUUUUCCUGGACCUUGAGAUUUGCCGCGCACACAGACGAUGUCCACGUGGGCAUGGGGUCGUGAGAAAAGGCACCCCAAAUUCUGAUGUAGUGUGCCGGAGGUGCAAACAAGGAACCUUCUCCGAUGAGACGUCCAACACCGUCCCCUGUCGCCCGCACAGGAACUGCACUGCACUUGGCCUGACCUUCAAACGACACGGAAGCCGUCACCGUGACGCAAUCUGUGCGGAUUCACAAUCUGAGGAAACGGAUCGUCCUAACAACAGUUCAACUACGCAAACCAUUGAAGACGAUAACCUUCGCAAAGCAGUCGAAUACGUCGCCAAGAAUUUGUCGGUCCGCUGGCAGAAGUUUGCCAAGAACCUGCCCGGUAAGAAGGUUCCAAGGAGAGUCCUUAAGAAGAUCAAAGACUCGAACUCCAGCCGCCGCCAGAGGGUGACAGAAGUGCUGACUGCCUGGGUGGAAGUCAACGGCAAGAAGGCGGAUGUGAAGGGGAUAGAGAAAGCUCUGAGGCGGAGUGGACAGAAAGAACUCGCCAAGAGGGUUGGAAAAAUGUGUGUGUACAAGGCAGCAUGAGGGAAAUACAUGUACGUGAUUUACCAAGUCUUUUAUUAUCGGGCGUGCUGUGUUAGUCAUUUUAUGCCAAGAAGUUGUAUGGUUUCGCAUAGAUAUGUAAUAUGGUUUCACAGCCAUAUUCAUAUGACAUUAUACGAGAAAUAUAUGUUGCUAUAAGAUGUAUAUCUUGAAUCAGAGACUUGUAAAAUGUACAUGUUUGUUUACCAGUAAGUUAUUUGAGAUACAGAUGCAAGUUUUUAAGUAUUGAUUGACAUGCAUAUUUCUGUUAUUUCAUAAACGUGAAAUCAAACUAUGGCAAGAACUUUGCUUUACUGUCCUAAUUGUCUGUAGAAAAAUUUUAUUUUCAGAUCUUUGUUAGAUCAUGAAGGAAGGUGUCUUUUCCAACUGUAACGUUAUUUAUAACUUUACGGUAAUUAACUGUCCACUGCCAAACUACUGAGGCUGAGUUGAAACUGUGCUGGAAUUUUCAAUACAGUAGUACUUCAAUAAACUUGCUGUUCACCUU